AUGUCUAAGAUUUUCUCCACCGCUCUUCUUGUCUCAUGCGCGACUGCGCAAUUGACCACUUCAGCAUGGAUGGCGGGUACCGGAAGCAACAGCCUUUCAUAUGUUGCCUCCGUGAUCACUGUUCAAAAUGGCCGUACUACAAUGUCUAUUGACGUUCAGGGCAUGACCGAAGACCUAGGUGCGGCGGCCGAGAUCGGCCAGAUGGUCACUCUUCAAGGCAACACCUACUACGGAGUCAAUGCUGUGGCCGAGAACGAUGGUGUCACUGUCACUAUCACAGGCGAAUGCACACGCCAGAACACCGAUGAUCAGGAAGCCACUUGCACUAUGUCGACCAAGGGUCUCGAGGCCGCCGUCAGCUCAGCGUGCGCAAGCGCCGAUUCUGAGGACGAGUUGUGCAGUGCGGGACCUCUUGACACCAGCGCGACUACAACACUGCCAGAUGGUUAUUUUAACAUGGUUCAGGUUGUCGUUACAGCUGGCGAGGACCUACUCCCCAGCGCUUCUGCAGCUGCUACACCUUCGGCCGGCAGUGCCUCCCUUACCUCUUCCAAGUCUUCCGCUACCAACUCCGCCAAGCCCACUUCUUCCGGCUCAGAGGCGCCUGCUAGCUCUGGGGCUUCCCGCACUUCACAAACUUCAUCAGCAGCCCCAGAAGCUACCAACGCUGCGCCGUUGAUGAACGUGGUCCCUGCUUUGGCUGGUCUUGGUGCCGCUGCCGCUUUCUUCUUGUAA